UUAAUUGUAUUAAGUAAUAAUUUCGCUCGAAGUGAAUGGUGUCAAUUUGAAAUGACACUAGCUCAGAAACAUGUUUUAAAUCGAGCUAUGGAACCUUUAAGUGUAGUUUUAUUAGAAGAUAUAGACAGUGAAAAUAUGAGCAAUUCACUUCAUGCUUUAUUAAAGACAACUACUUAUAUAACUUGGUAUAAUGAUAUAGAAUAUAUUCACUUGUUUUGGGAUCGACUGAAGAAUUCCCUUAUAUAA